GUAAUGAGUUGUGCGAAUAACGCUUGUGUACGCUCGAGUAUAUCGAUUGUUCGUUGGCUACCUGUUGGUUUUGUUCUUAUCGUUAUAUGCUGGGCAUAUUAUGCAUAUGUUAUAGAAUUAUGUUUCUAUACUGUGGAAUGUUUGUUUGAACGCGUUAUUUAUCUCAUUAUUUUUCAUAUUUUGUUAAUUUUAUUCUUAUGGUCAUACUAUCAGACAAUUUUCUCUCCAGUUGGUCGUCCCAGAAAAGAGUUUUUUCUGACCAGUGAGGUUCGCCGUGAUUUAGAAAGUGCAUCAGAAGAGAAUUUAUCUAGAAUGAUCCUUGAACGUUACGUUUAUCAGCAACAGAUUAUCGUUGAAAAUCGUAAUUUUGAUGGAUCAAUACGUUAUUGUUACAAAUGUGGUUGUAUAAAACCUGAUCGUUGUCAUCACUGUUCUGUAUGUGGUCACUGUGUUCUAAAAUUCGACCAUCAUUGUCCAUGGGUGAAUACGUGCAUUAAUUAUUAUAAUUACAAAUUCUUUGUUCAAUUUCUUGGUUAUGGUCUUUUACUUUGUUUUUGGGGAAUUUUGACCGAUUUCCAAUAUUUCAUUGGAUUCUGGAAGAAAGAUUUACGAUUGAAUAAUGGAUUUGGCAACUUUCAAAUAUUGUUUUUAUUUUUUGUAGCAGGAAUGUUUGCAAUAUCAUUAUCGUGCCUUUUUUGUUAUCACCUCUAUCUAACUGCGAAAAAUCGCUCAACUUUAGAGACAUUCCGACCACCAAUUUUCGUUUAUGGAAUUGAUAAGAAUGCUUAUAACCUUGGAAUACGGAAAAAUUUUCUGCAAGUAUUCGGUGGCAUCACUGUGUUUUGGUUCCUCCCAGUUUUUUCGUCGUGA